GGCCCUGUGACGCCAUCAUCGUGCGACGUGAGAAUUGUGCGUGGGUCUGAGUCAAGGAGUGGAGCGGGCCAGAAGGAGAUUGGCUGGUUCGGGGCUUCCUAGGUCUAUCGGCCCCCGGGACUCCCGGGCCUUUCCUAAUAGCUCCCAGGUCUGCAGCGGGGCCCUGCCCCCACCGCUGUCUCUAAGAUGAGUGCCUGCCCUUAUCCUUCUCUUUCCUCUGGCCCUGAGCAACGCGUCAGGAGCACCCUCAAGAAGACCUUUGGGUUUGACUCAUUUAAGACCACCUUGCAGGAGAGUGCCACCAUGGCGGUGGUUAAAGGUGAGAAGGAUGUGUUCGUGUGCAUGCCCACAGGGGCAGGGAAAUCCUUGUGCUACCAGCUUCCGGCACUGCUGGCGGCAGGUAUCACUAUUGUGAUCUCUCCUCUUAUCGCCUUGAUUCAGGACCAGGUAGAUCACUUGUUGGCCCUGAAAGUGCAUGUAUGCUCUCUGAACUCCAAAUUAUCUGCUCAGGAGAGAAAGAAGAUUCUAAUGGACCUGGAGAAAGAAAAGCCACAGACUAAACUAUUAUAUAUCACGCCUGAAAUGGCAGCCUCUGGCUCCUUUCAGCCCAUUCUGAACUCACUGGUAUCUCGACACCUUCUCUCCUACCUGGUGGUGGAUGAGGCUCAUUGUGUCUCCCAGUGGGGACAUGACUUUCGACCUGAUUACCUCCGGCUGGGCACCCUGAGGAAACAAAUACCCCAUGCUCCUUGCGUGGCUUUGACAGCCACAGCUACCCAGCAAGUUCAGGAUGAUGUGGUCACUGCCCUGAAGUUGCGACAGCCAGUUGCCAUCUUCAAGACCCCCUGUUUCCGGGCCAACCUCUUCUAUGAUGUGCAGUUCAAGGACCUGCUUGGUGAUCCCUAUGGAAACCUCAAGGACUUCUGCUUGAAAGCGCUUGGGCAGAAAAACGACAAAGGGGCUUUUCCUGGCUGUGGCAUUGUGUACUGCAGGACUCGAGAGGCCUGUGAACAGGUGGCAACAGAGCUCAGCUCCAGGGGUAUAAAAGCCAAGGCUUAUCAUGCAGGGCUCAAGGCUGGAGACAGGGUGUUGGCGCAGAACGAGUGGAUGGAGGAGAAGGUUCCUGUUAUCGUUGCGACCAUCAGUUUUGGGAUGGGGGUGGACAAAGCGAAUGUCAGAUUUGUUGCCCACUGGAAUAUUGCCAAGUCAAUGGCUGGGUAUUACCAAGAGUCUGGACGAGCUGGGAGGGAUGGACAGCCUUCUUGGUGCCGCCUCUAUUACUCUAGGAAUGAUCGGGAUCAAGUCAGCUUUCUGAUAAAGAAGGAGAUCUCAAAACUGCAGGAAAAGAGAGGGAACAAGGACUCUGAUAAAGCCAGCAUGACAGCCUUCGAGGCCCUGGUGGACUUCUGUGAGAAGCUGGGGUGCCGCCAUGCUGCCAUUGCUAGGUACUUUGGGGACGCACCCCCUCCCUGCUCCAAAGGCUGUGACCACUGCAAGAGCCCUGGGGCUGUUAGGAAGCAGCUGGAUGCCUUGGAGAGGAGCAGCAGCUGGAGUAAGACACAAAUCAGAAGCUCUCGUGGGAAUGACUCUGACUCAGAGCUGUAUGAAGGUGGCCGUAGGGGAUAUGACGGCUUUGGCAGAUACGAUGAAGACUCAGGAAGCAAUGGAGCCGAAGGCAACGAUGAAGCCCAAAGGCGAGAAUGGAACCAUUUCUACCAGACUCAGAUGAACCUUCGAAAGGGUAAAGAACCCAAGAAAGAGGAGUUCAUCCCCCCAGAUGAUGAUUGUCCCCUGAAGGAGGCCUCUAGCAGGAAGAUUCCCCGGCUUACUGUGAAGGCUCGGGAACACUGUUUGAAGAUGUUGGAGGAGGCCCUGAGCAACAACCUACAAACAGUUUGCCCUACAGAGAGGACUGAAAAGCAGGCCUGUGCGGUGGAGCUGGAGUAUGAGGCAUUUCGAAGUACCAAGAUGGCCAAUCUGUAUAAAGCCAGUGUGUUGAAGAAGGUGGCAGAGAUCCACAAAGCCUCCAGUGAUGGCAAGCUCUACCUUUUUGGUGAUGGUGGGAACCAGAACUGCGGGGCCCAGGCUGUGAUACCUGAAGAAGACAUCCGACCAGCCUCCCAAGUGUAUUCAUUCAAACCAAAGAGGAAAGGAGCUGGCUUCCAGACAGGCUCUGAGCCCUUCCAGACAGCAGCUGAGCUCUGGCAGAGGUCCUUGGCUGAGGAGCAGGUGCUGCCUCCAGAAGGAGGAGAGCAGCCUGGCCCAAGAGACACCUCACAACCCGAAAAGAAGGCAGACACCCUCCCAGAGCAGAGAGUUCUUGAAGGUGGACUUGAGAAAAGUGGACCAUUGCCUGAAAAGAAGGCUAAAAGGUCUCCUGAGGACCAGCCUGUCAUCAAGUCUCAGGCCAGCAAGAAGCAGCAGUUGCUGGCCAAGGCAGCAAAGAAUUCUCAGGAGAUAACCCACUUCUUCUCCCACCAAGGGGCAAAGAGCCCACCCCUACCUGGCUCAUCGACCUUGCAGACAAUGGACUUCAGUCCCACUCGGGAAGGGACGCAAGGACUGGAGUUAGCCUUGGGAAAGAGUACAAUGGAGGACAGAGCCCUAAGGCAUUUGUCUGCCCUGAGCCAGGCAGAGACCACGGAAGAGCCGGAAGCAAGCAUCGAGGUCAAAUCUGAGGUCCAGCCCCUCCCCCCAGAGGACACCCAGCCACGGAAACGGUCCAGAUCCCAUCAGGCGAUUCCAGAGGACCAGACUCAGAAGAGGCCUCGACCCACAUCCAAACCCUCCAUCUUGAUACCACCAGAGGUCAAGGUCAGCGGUCCUUCCAAAAAAGAAGUGAGUUUUGACCAGAGUACAGAGAACCAAGGCCCUAGUCAGCUUCUGGACCAAAGACCAAGGACCCCUGGUGUCUCUCUGAAGGAGGCUGCAGACAUUGUAGUCAAGUAUCUAACCCCUUUCUACAAGAAUGGCAAGUUUGCUUCCAAGGAAUUAUUUAAGGGGUUUGCCCGCCACCUUUCCCACUUGCUGACCCAGAAGAUGCCUCCAUGGGGGAGUGUGAAAGAAGAGGCCCAGAAGCUCAUCAGGCAGUUUUUUCAAAGCCGGGCCAGGUGUGAAAGUGAAAGUGACUGGCUGGACCUGCCUGACCCAGGUCAGAGAUAACUCAUGUUGGAGAGGAGGAGAAGAUUGGUAUAGCACUGGAGAGGCCACAGUGUCUACUGAGAGCUCGGGCCCCUUCUUGGCUCAUGCCCUGGGAAGCCCCCAGUGACUUUACUUCAGCCCCAUGCCAGGCCAGCUUAAGGGAGACUGGUUUUGUGCUGUGGGCUCAUGGCUUUAGAGGAUUGGGGUUGGGGCCAGAAUCAGGAUGAGAAUUCUGCUGCUGCUGCUGCUGCUGCUGCUAGGGAAAAGCUUUCCCCUUUCCCAGGGUCCCAGUGUCUGCCUAUGCAAAAACCUUACUUGAAGGGGGUUGUCAGGAAUACCUCCAUCCCUCAGGGCCAGGGCUAGAGCUCAUACCUUCCCACCUGUCAAGUAGAAGUCUCAUCUUUACAUCUUUAAGUGCUGCUUCCUCAUUCUUGUGGAUGGACUUUAUUGGUUGACUCUCUGGAAGAAGGGGCUAGCUCUGAGCUAGCUGGAAGGUGGCUCCUGGAGGAGGAGGUGGGAAUUUGGAGGGUGCCUCCACUCUGCACUUUUCAAUGUGUUGGUGGUACUGCUGUCUGGUGUGCCCACAUUCCUACCUUCAUGCCCUCUACCUCCAUCUGAAGCUGUAUCUACCAACUUUGCUACCAGGGUACGUUUAUGAGACCCUGGGACCCCUCAGAAGCCAUACUUUUCCCGGACCCAUCUGCUAGGGCCAGGAUGGCCUAUUAGUGUUUAGAAUUGGAAUAAAAGUCUUUAUUCUGAUCAGGCUCAGUUCUGUUCCCCAG